UCACUCGCGCUUCUCCGGCGUUCGCUCGCUUGCUUGCUUUGUGGGCUCUUCCGCGGCGCGCUCCGACCACGCUUCCGCCUCGUUCUCCUCAGCGACUCUCCUCCGGCGCGAUGAUGAACGGUUUCCGCGACAGCAGGAUCGAUGAGGGCACCUUCCUCUUCACCUCAGAGUCGGUGGGGGAGGGGCACCCAGAUAAGAUCUGUGACCAAAUUAGUGAUGCUGUCCUUGAUGCACAUCUUAAACAAGAUCCGGAUGCCAAAGUAGCAUGUGAAACUGCUGCAAAGACAGGAAUGAUCCUCCUGGCUGGGGAGAUCACGUCUAGAGCUGCGGUUGACUAUCAGAAAAUUGUUCGUGAAACAAUAAAGCACAUUGGCUAUGAUGAUUCCUCAAAAGGUUUUGACUACAAGACAUGCAAUGUAUUGGUUGCCCUGGAGCAGCAGUCCCCUGAUAUUGCUCAGGGAGUUCAUCUUGACAGAAAGGAAGAAGACAUUGGUGCUGGGGAUCAGGGCUUGAUGUUUGGCUAUGCUACGGAUGAGACGGAAGAGUGCAUGCCCCUGACUCUUCUCCUUGCACACCAGCUGAACGCCAAACUGGCAGAGCUUCGUCGUAACCAUACCUUGCCCUGGCUACGACCAGAUUCUAAAACUCAGGUUACUGUGCAGUACAGACAAGACCGUGGUGCAGUCAUCCCUAUUAGAGUCCAUACAAUUGUUAUUUCUGUUCAACAUGAUGAUAAAAUUGGGCUGGAUGAGAUGAGGGAUGCCCUGAAAGAGAAAGUGGUCAGAACUGUUGUACCUGCAAAAUACCUGGAUGAUGAUACAGUCUACCACCUGCAGCCUAGUGGCCGUUUUGUAAUUGGUGGCCCCCAGGGAGAUGCUGGCUUGACUGGCCGGAAGAUCAUUGUUGAUACCUAUGGUGGCUGGGGAGCUCAUGGAGGUGGUGCUUUCUCUGGUAAAGACUACACAAAAGUUGACCGUUCAGCAUCUUACGCUGCUCGUUGGGUUGCAAAAUCCCUUGUGAAGUCUGGUCUCUGUCGGAGAGUGCUCGUUCAGGUCUCCUAUGCCAUUGGAGUGGCCCACCCACUGUCAGUCUCCAUUUUCCAUUACGGCACCUCCCAAAAGACUGAGCAUGAGCUGCUAGACAUUGUGAAGAAGAACUUUGACCUCCGCCCAGGGGUUAUUGUCAGGUAAAACAUGGUGUGCAUGCACGUAAUAUUCAGACAGAUAAAAAAGAGGUAAUAAGGAUGGGACUAGGCAUAAACAAGGCAUUACCAUUUGGCAGUCUGCCCUAAAUGUACAUGAUGUUGCACGAUCUCCUACCAUAGACACUUGUCAAAACACCUAGUCUCCUGGGGAGUGGUGGAGACAGUUCCCCAGCACCACUGUAGAGGAGCUAUGGGGUGGUUCAUUUUUCUAGAGAUAAAACAAAGUAGUGCUUGCUCUUUAAUAUGUAGUAGUUAAAGCAGAAUGGUGUGCUAGUCUGUGCCUCUUUGUCACUGUAUAGUAAGGCAAAUUACAGUUUAUGAUGUGACAUGCCAGGGGAAGGCACAGAAAAUGAGAAGUAUCUUAGAAUAGCACAUUUUGGGGCAAAGGUGGCUGAUAACAAAGUAGCUUGCUGCUGUCUGGCCAUGAUCCCCAGCCAGUUUGGAGUUGCACCAUUGGCAUACAUACCCAAGAUUGAAAAGCUAUUCUCUUUUAAUGCAGCAAGUGGUGUAUAGAUACAGUAAUAUUAAAUCCACCCUCGCAAAUUGGCGCAGCCCUUGUGGCUCUUGCACUGAUUUGGAAAGUAUGGAUAGUGCAGGGAUAUGAGGAUUUCUGUGAGUUAUUACAGACUCCUCUUGGGCACUUCAGUCAUGUGCUUUUGAGUAUUAAAGCUAAUUUUCCAGAGAUCUUCUGGGUAUUUUGGUCCAACCACUGACACCCAAGGCCAGCUAUGUUG